AUGACCACCACAGCAUCGGUUUCUUCAAAUGCCGGCUUGGAUGUACGCUCCGAUGAUGAGAUUCUGGCUGAACUCAUGCGUUUCAAGCCGAUUGAUCCAGCUAACGAGAAAAACAUAUGGGCUUUCUGGGACAAAGGUCUCUCCAAAUGUCCGCCCUGGUGCCAGCGGAAUGUGAUCAGCUGGGUCCGUCGGCAUGGUCAUGAAUGGACAGUCCGAGUUGUCGACCUGGCUGAAGGCUCUGAAAAUCACUUCUCUAAAUAUGUGGAACCUUCGGAGCGUUUCUUUCCCGCUGCAUUCCUCGGUGGUACCUUGACUGGCCCAGUGGCUCAGGUGUGUUCGGACUUACUUCGAUUGCCACUACUUUGGUUACACGGGGGUGUAUGGCUCGACAUAGGCUUCACAUUAUUCAGAGGGCUUGAUAGCCUCUGUUGGGAAACCCUUGAAAGCUAUGGCAAUUCAAUUGAGAUGGCUGGAUUCAAGAUCACAAUGAUGCAAGACGCAGCUAUGAUGCUCAAUUCUUUCAUUGCGGCGAGGAAAGGUUGUGUCACCAUCAAGCACUGGUAUGAGACGUAUCUUGAGGUUUGGAAAGGCGCACAGAGCACCAAAGGUAUGACCACGCAUCCUCUGCUGCGACAUCUCCCUCGAUACGACCCGCCGUCAUUGAAUGGCAAAAAGUCGCCCUUUGAAUACAACCAAUUUUCCGACUAUCUUGCACAAGUCUUGUGUCUUGAACGAGUCAGACACCUCAGGGAUCCCAGUGUCAAAUGGGACGGCCCAGACUUCUUUGCCAACCAAGUUCUGCUCUACGACUGCGGCCCAGAAGUUUUUUGGAGUGAUUAUCUCGCUGGUUGGGAUGGUCGCAAACAAUACAACUUACUCAUUCGUGAGAAGGAUGGGGUUCCGCAUGACGAGGGUUACAAAGAAUCGGAGGCUUUCGUCGAUGCAAUCCUGGCAACUUCAUCAACUAUGAAAGUUUCACACGCCGUAACCACACCUGGACGAGAGUGCCUGGCAGACAUCUGGGAUAAGCCCGAAAAUCAUGAUGCUGAUUUUCGGCCUGGAACGUUUGCCUCCCACCUCAGAUGGGCGAAUGUGCACUAUCAGGCAAAGCAUGCAUUGCAUCGUGUUUAUCUAGCCCCAAUAGAAGAAGCUCUCCUGACAGGCCCAAUUCUAGAGGUUCAUGGGUCACCACGUGCUGAAUGA